AUGGACAUGCCCGGACUUGACCUCUCCAGAUUAGUCCUUCACCACGGAAGCACUCCGCGAUCCGACUUCUCGCGGUGUCCGGACAGCCGCUUCCCAAGUUAUCCGGCACCGUCUUUUCGGGGGUGUGACUGGGCCAGAGCUCCCGGCCUGCGUGGGUGGGAUAUACUGGGUGGUGCGCGAGGGGUCAAAGACAUCCUUGACGAGCUGCCUUUGGCAGAAGUGCAGCGCCUGAUCAAGGUUGUCUUCGACCGUUGCGACGCAGUCCCUUCCGACGAAAGGGACUCGUUGUCGAAGUGCAUCGAGGAGUUUCUGGACCUCGUUGAGAAUGCGGAUCGAUGGGCUUCGAGGUCGUUGUUGCCAGAAGUAUCUCACCUGGCUGCGUACUGUAGUGCUGAAAAGGUCCAGCAUCUUCUUCGAACGCAGCCAGUCAUGUGCUUCCCAAACAUCCAUCAUUUUCCUAGACUUCAUACCCCUCUUCUGCGACGGAUCGGUAUUGGAGCGGUGGAGAUGCCCAAAGAUGUGCGGCUUAAAAUCCUACAAAGGUCUCGUGACGCGAUGCUUCAGUCGAAGGAAGCAUACGAGCCGAUCUAUUUCGACCAGGAUAAGGAAGAGCAUCUCGAAAUGUCCCCCGGGGUAGUCUUUGGCAUCGACCUCCUGAUGGUCGUGGAGAAGGAGCCAUCACUCCACGAUUAUUAUGAAAUCGAGGCUUGGGUGGAUGCGAUGCUCAAAACAGCGAUACGUGGAAAGCUACCUCUCAAAUCCAUCUUGCUGAUUAUUAACCGCGGGCUAUCUGCAUUGUUGGCUACCGCAUCGGCAAGACUGGUUGGAGUGGCACGGGUUGGCUUUCCCGGCCCCUCUCAGAGGUUGUCGUUCAGUUUUGGACGAUUUCACGCUUUGGGCGAGUGGAAGGCUUUCCCAAAGGGGUGGUAGCCAUCUAUCGAAAUAACUGGCGAUUGAAGUGUCUCUUGGCCCACCAGGUCGCUUUGGAGCAAUGCUUGAUCCAGAAGGUGUUGCAGGCAGAAGAUCAGAGCUUCAAUGCUCAGAAAGACCGCCCGCAAUUUAUGGUGAGGG